AUGGCCGUGGAAGUAGAAAUGUCUAUGGAAUCUUUUCAACAAAGUUCUUCGCUUGAUAUCACCCCCUUCAUAGCUGAAGCUGCAUCGAGCCCUGUUGUAGUUGGUCCGGAACAAUGGACUUGUUUCCCUUCCACUCCAGAGGGAUUAGACACAACCAGCUUGUCGAUGGUUGCUUCUAAAUUGCCUUCAUCCAUUUCCUCCCGGCCAGACGGAGUGAUUGAGACUGGCUCUACUGAUGUGGCCUAUGCUCCUCUAGAGAAUCAUACGAAUGCGGCGGCUUUCUUCAGGGCCAGAUUGGGAUCUCGAAACUCAAGGGCGACCUAUCUAGCCCGAGCGCUCCAGGGUUUAAUCAAUGCCAUGGAACUCGAUGGAGCAACAUACGCGAAUCUUUGGUCCACUCGGGAAAGGAUUUUCUCUGACGUUGGUACCGGUCCAGUCGCUCGCUUUCAGCGACUGUUUCAUGGUUUUCUUCGGGUGAAGCGUGGCCGCGACGAUUAUGACUGUGCAAGUCGCCUCUGUCACAUAUUCUUGGAUCAUGAUCUUGAACAGUUGGCGACCUCUGACCUCCUCCACUUAUCCCGUGGCCGUGGCAGAAAGUCUGCCGCUUUGUCUUUGCACGCAGCAAGCAUAUCAGCCUCCAUAGGCGCUGUGAAAACCGAUCGUAAGGCUGGCCAGAGGUACAUGCAAAUUCUGAUGGAUGCCGGCCCGGGGCUAUUGCUCAUGCUUGGUAGCCAGGUAAACACAGUGUGGGAAAGAAAACUAAGGGAGAUGUCUUUCUUCUACUGGAAUAUCUCAGAUUGCAGCGGCCUGAAAUCCUGGAGAAAGGCUGCUCACUAA